AUGCAUUUUCUCGGGAAGCUUGCGGGAUAUCCCCGCCUAAUUCUGGCCGGGAACCCCUCUAAGUUCGACUUGGGAAUGUUGCUGUCAGGUAUAGCAUGCGCUAUAGGAUCUGGUGUACCAUUCCCAAUUAUCGGUAUUAUUUUCGGUGAACUACUCGAUGACUUCAAUUCCGUCACCUGCAAUGAAUCCGACUCGUCUGGAUCGGAUUCAAAUGCUGGUUACGCCAGUAGCAUCAACAGCAAGAUUCUCCUGAUAUUCUACCUGGCUAUUGCGCAGUUUGUCUUGAUAUAUGGCCAUCUAACAUGUUGGACAAUGUUCGGCUCUCGACUGGCGCAGAGAUUGAGGGAAACUUAUCUGCAAAAUCUUCUCCGCCAAGAACCAUCGCACUUUGACGAUCUUCCCCCAGGCGAAGUUGCAUCUCGUCUCAGCAGCGAUAUCCAGACAAUUCGCUCCGGUACUUCCGAGAAGGUGGGGAUUGUUUUGGGUAGUCUUUCAUUCUUCGUCACCGCAUAUAUUGUGGCGUUUAUCAAGUACUGGGAGCUCGCCGCCAUUCUUAUCUCGUUGAUUCCCGCAUACCUCCUGAUGUCCUUCGUCGGAAGUCAUUAUAUCGAAAAGUACUCGGCGCUUAUGUCAGACUAUGCAGCUUCUGCUGCCUCCAUUGCAUCUGAAGCUCUGAACAAUAUUGUUGUGGUUCAGGCCUUUGGCGCCAAUGCUCGGUUGGAGAAUAAGUUCUCCACGGCUCUCAAAGCGGCAGAGAAUGCCGGCCUCAAGAAGGCAACGGCAGUUGGCACUCAAUCGGGUGUACUGUACUUUAUUGCUUACGGUGCGAAUGGCUUGGCAUUUUGGCAAGGUGCCCAACAUGUUGCCGAUUCAGUGAGAAACGGCACUCAUGGUGUUACUGUUGGUGCAACAUUCACGGUAAUCUUCGUUUUGAUUGAAGCUACUCUGCUUUUGAGCCAAGUCGCGCCGUUCCUACAUCUGUUCGUUCAAGCCGUUGCCUCAUUUGCAAAAUUGCGUGAAGACCUUGACCGCGAGCCCUUAAUUGAUGGAACAUCUGAGUCUGGUAUUCGCCUGACUGAAGCAAAUGGUGGUUUUGAGCUGAAGAAUGUUUCAUUCACCUAUCCAUCGCGUCCUGAGAUUACUGUCCUGGAUCGCAUCAGUAUUUCAUUACCAGCAAAGAAGCACACUGCUCUUGUAGGCCUUUCAGGAAGUGGAAAAUCUACGAUUGCCGGACUUGUCACGAGACUUUAUGAUCCUACAGAAGGCCAGAUUCUCUUUGAUGGACAUGAUGUCAAGGACGUGAAUCUCCGCGACUUGAGAGGAUUCAUGAGCUUGGUACAGCAGGAGCCGUCUCUUUUGGAUCGCUCCCUUUUGGAAAAUAUCGCACAUGGGUUGAUCAAUUCGAGUAAUGCCAAUCAUGCCCAUCUGAAGAUGACGCUUUUGAGCUCCGAAGUGGCAGACUUGGCGAGUGAUGUGAGAGAAGGAAAGGAUAUUCUGGCUGCUGCACAGGAGCGAGGUCCCGAGCUUGUUGAAAUUGUGAACCUUGUCCAACGGGCAGCGACGCUUGCUGAUGCCGAUGAUUUCAUCGUCAAAUUGCAACACGGCUAUGGUACCCUUGUUGGAUCGAGUGGCCGGCUCAUCAGCGGGGGUCAAAAGCAACGAGUCUCUCUUGCCCGGGCUCUCGUCAAAGAUCCGGCAGUUCUUAUUCUAGAUGAAGCCACAGCUUCUUUAGACUCUCGAAGCGAGCAGCGCAUCCAAAAGGCCAUCAACAACAUUGCUACUGGGAGAACAGUGAUCACAAUUGCCCACCGUCUGUCUACAAUUACGAGCGCUGAUAACAUUAUUGUCAUGCAUAAGGGUAAUCUUGUGGAGCAAGGCAACCAUGCGACCUUGAUGGCUUUGGAUGGCUCGUACGCCGAAUUAGUCAAACUGCAGACUCUCCGUUCAAACGACAAUGAAACAACCUCGAACAAAGAUACGGCUAGCAAGCCGGACGACGUAUCUUUAACCGACACUGAAAACGAGAAAACAAGCUUCUUACCCGAUCACGUCGGCAAGGAAGAAGAGACCCAGAUCUCAACUGCCGAAGCACCCGCCGCCGAAUCUAUCAAAGAAAUGGAAGAGCCAGAAACACCACGAAAAUCUCUCUGGGAGCUUUGCAAAGGAUAUGCCCCAGCACUCAGACCUCACCUGCUCAUAAUUUUCAUGGCUCUACUUGGGGCAACUAUUGUGGGUGGGGCUUUCUCUGGAGAAGCUGUGAUUUUUGGAAAUACUGUUGGAAGUUUGAACCCCUGUAAAGGAGCGGGUUAUAUCAGUUCUCGAGGUGACUUCUUCGGAUUGAUGUUCUUCGUCCUUGCAAUCAUUGAAUUCUUUGCGAACUUGGCCAGCUGGGCCGGGUUUGGUUGGGUGUCUGAGAAAAUUGUCUACUCGGUCCGAGUGCUGUCGUUCCGGUCACUGUUUGAGCAGGAUCUUCAAUGGCACCAAUCUAAAGGCAGAACUCCUGCUUUACUUCUAUCUUAUAUCACCAGAGAUGGCAACGCCCUUGCCGGGUUGAGUGGUUCUGUUAUCGGCUCGUUGUUCUCUAUCAGUGUAAACCUUAUUGCAGCGAUUAUCUUGACCCACAUUAUUGCCUGGAAGAUUGCAUUGGUGUGUCUGUCCUUGGUACCACUUCUUCUUGGAGCUGGUUUGAUGGAGCUCCAUGUCCUCGGAAAAUUCGAGGAACGCCACGAAAACGCCUACACCAAAUCUGUGGACAUCGGCACCGAGGCAAUUGCAUCCAUCAAGACGAUUGCAUCUCUUUCUCUAGAGGAAGUGACGCUUAGGACAUACCGCCGUUCUUUGAAGGGACCUCGACAGGAAACCCUCAAAGUCACACUGCAAGCAAGCCUUUGGCAAGCAUUGACAUAUUUCCUCGGAAACUGCGUAAACGCUCUCGCGUAUUGGUGGGGUGCUAAGCAGAUCCUUUCCGGUACAUACACCCAGACUCAAUUUUUGAUUGUCGUUUUCUCUCUCCUAGUCAGCGCACUCCUUUGGAGUCAGAUGUUCGCCCUUGCACCGGAGCUGUCUAAUGCCCGCGCAGCUAUGGCAAGAAUCUUGAGUCUGAUUGAGAUUGGCUCUGACAAAAUGCAAGGAAGUAUUUCUCUUACAGAUCCGAAUGAAAGGGAUCUAGAGGCGAUAAGUGAGCCGAAGCCCACUAUUCAGUCUGGUGCAUCAAGCGUGCAAUUCCGUGACAUCCAUUUCGCCUAUCCAGCACGGCCAGACAUUAAUGUACUGAAUGGCCUUAGCCUUGAUAUUCGACCCGGAAAGUUUUGCGCGCUUGUUGGACCCAGCGGGGCUGGUAAAUCAACUAUCAUUUCUUUGGUAGAAAGAUUGUAUAUUCCGGAGUCCGGUGCCAUACUGAUUGAUGGUAUUGAUGUGACAAAACAUCAGGGUGCUCGACCUGGCCAUGAAGUGAGCAUGGAGGAGAUUGAAGAGGCUUGUAAACUUGCAAACAUCCACGAUGUCAUCAAGGCGUUACCCAAUGGCUACGAAACGCUGUGUGGCCCCAAUGGGAAUCAAUUCUCGGGUGGCCAGAAACAACGACUUUCGAUUGCGAGAGCCCUUGUUCGCAAGCCUAAGUUGUUGAUUUUGGAUGAAUCAACUAGUGCUUUGGACGCUGAGUCAGAAAAGCUCUUGCAAGAUGGACUUGAAAAAGCUGCUAGAGGAAUUACUGUCAUUGCAAUUGCUCAUCGCUUGCACACCAUCAGGAAGGCGGAUACAAUCUUCUUGAUUGAAGCUGGCCAGUGUAUUGACCAUGGUUCGCAUGAGGAGCUACUUGAAAGAUCAGACAGCUAUAGAGCAAACGUCAUGCAUCAAACAGUGGCAACCUGA